UGUUAUCCUUCCUAGUGCCAGACGAGAUCUUCCUUGAGUCUGUGUAGUGGAGACCUUGGUGCCAGUACAGUAAAGAGCUUCCCAAGUGCCAGUAUUGUGAAGAGAGCCCAGUGACAGUAUUUUGGAGAGCUUCAUAGUGCCAGCACGGAAGCAAAAGCAAACCAUGAGUUGCUGAACAGCGCACCGUGCCGCAGCAGACCACGAGGAACAGUGAAUUCUCCGUGUAUCUUGGCGUAGCGUGGCGGUGCAGGAACUGACUGACUCUUCUUAGUAUAUUGACCUGAAAAUAAAUGAAUAAAAAGUAAAGUAGUGGAAUAUGAGAGGCAAAAAGAAAGAAGAAAAACCGCAUCAGUCUUCUCACAUUAUUACGAAACCGCGAUGACGGAAGAGCUCGGCGUGUGGCGGCGCGGAGAGCAGCUCAAGCCACUGGCUGCCUGAGGGAUUCCAUUGUGGGUGCAAAUCAUCUCUGGCGACAGAGGAGAAUCAGAUUGCUAGACUCGCAUCCAAGCUGCAUCCAUCGCAAUCUUCGCCCCGUCAGCUGGAGCACUGUGAAAGGAAAGGUGAAGAAUGUUAAAAACUCUGCUGGAAGUCACGAAAAGGAAAGCUGCUCAUUACGAACAAUCUCAAACAUCAUCUGUGGGGUUACUGCGAAUGUAACUCAUGACAGAUACGCGUGGAUACCAAAACAGUACAAGCGUAAAGGUAAACAACCUUUUCUGAGCAGUUACUCAAGCAAAACGCAAAGACUUCCUGACCUUUGCCAUGGAGUGGCGUCUCACCACCGUGGGGGCAGGCAGACCCUGGCCUCCCUCCCGCACCGAGGGCCUGCGGACUACCCGGGAUUACAAGUUGCCUCACACGGACUCCGGCCAGAACUCCCUCGAGUACUGGGACUACACCGUGGAGCUGGAGAUGCUGAAGGGCCCCGAAGACCUGCAGCUUGCCGCGGAGUUGGGCAAGACGCUGCUGGAGAGGAACCGCGAGCUGGAAGUGAGCCUCAAGCAGCAGCAGGCUGUGGUGGACGACCAGCUGCAGGAGAUCGAGUACCUGAGCAAACAAACAGCUGCUCUUCGGGAGGUGAACGACUCUCGUCUCCGCAUCUACGAGCAGCUGGAAGUGUCUAUCCAAGACUUGGAGAAAAAUAAUCAGCGGCUGGCAGCUGAAGGUGCCUCGGACAAAAGAAAGAUUAAGAGUCUGACAAGCACUGUAGAGUCACUGGAGUUGCGGUGUGAUGAACUCCAGAAGAACCUGGAAGACGCGAGGACCAAAGUGCAACAGCAGAACCAGCAGCAGCGAGGCCGCAACAAGCGAAAGUCCCUCCUCCUGGAAGAGCAGAGCAUCCGGCGCUCACAGUCUUGUGAGAAUAGCCCACAGGUCUCAGAUGAAUGUGCACUGGAAGACCCUGAAGUUCGAAAACGGCUGGAGGGCCUGCAAGAGAAGCUCAAAGCCACACAGCUGCAGUUAGCAUCAGAAACUCGAAGGAAGGAGGAACUGGAGAUACAACUGGCAUGUACAUCUCAGGAGAAUUCAGUCCUCCUUGACCAGCUGGCAGUCCUGCGAGAGAAGGAACUCAAUGUGAGAUCAUUUGAUGAUGAACUUGCCUCAUUAGAUGAUACUUCUUCUGGACGCAUAUGCCGCAAGUGUCUUGGUAAUGUGGAUGAACUGGGGAGUAACCCAACACUGUAUGACCUUAAUGACAGUAUUGAAGACACAGAUGCAUCCAUUGAAAGCAUCCAUGGGGAAUGUGCUCUCAUCCGUCUCAAGAAUGGUGGAUAUGCAUGGGGCAGCCAGGAAUCUUUGGCAUCAAUUGGACAAGUGGUCAAUCGUGUGGGAUCCGGAGGUACUUCUCCUGGUACAGAGGCCAGCGAUGCACCACACAAUUCUCUCCUGUCUGAGCUUGAUACUUCUUAUCGCAUCCUCAUAGAAAAAUAUGAAGCCCUUCUGGAGGCUCGAGAACAGCAGCAGCAGCAGCAACAACAGCAGCAGCAGCCUGAAAUGGGUCAUGAAGGCCUGGUGCAUCCUGGAGUAGAUGACAUGUCAGGACCCAUGAGUCUGAUGAUGACAGACUCAUCAGUGCACAACACAACUCUCACUACAAAAUGUCAGCGAUGCAACACAUGUGCCUGUGAUCUCAAGCCAACUGUUGUAAGUCACUCCAAAGGCAGCAACUUAGAAGAGUUUUCAGAGGUGGAGACUUCCUCUUCUGGUUUCUCAGAUGGAGAAAGUCGUCUCAUCAAUAAGGGUACUCAGACCGGAGAGGAGCUGUUACAGACACAAGCUGAGAUUCUAGAUGACUUGACUCCAACUGUCCAUGCAAAGUGCUUAGACCUCAGCUCUCCAAUUAACCCAUGUGACAAGAGAUUCCAAACCACUCCAGAAUAUAAGAAGCUCUUCCAAGAAAUCUUUACAGUCUUAAAGAAAACGGUAGAUGAACAAGACACACAGACACAACCUUCUAAGCCAUCCAAAACUCCCCAGAAACAAGAUGGUACCAUAGAGAAUUCAGUAACCGAGCUCAUCUCGUCAAAGGAUGACCAUAAUGGUACGAAAUUUACAGGGCAAACUAUGAUUUCACCAUUGGUGGAGGAAAAUGAAACUGGAAAAUCUCCACCAUCUGAAGUUACCCAAAAUAAAUCAUGUGAAGAAAAAGAAAUUGUCACAGUAUCAAAGUCUUCUGAUGUAGGCCCCACUGAAUGUUUAAAUUCUGAUGACAAAAGAGAGAAUCAAACAUCAAGUACACCUGAGAGUUGGCAUCAUAAUACUGACCCCAGACCUCUUCGCCCAGAUUCUCUUGACCUUAGUUCUGGAGGUGGUUCAAGACCAUCAAGUAGACAAAGGCGCAGACGAAAACGUCAGCAAAUUAUGAUUCAGACUGUCCAGGUGCAGCAGCAGCAGCAACAACCACAGCAGCAACAACUGCAGCAACACACAGAUAACAACUGGAAUUCACACCAACCUCAAUACCAAACUCAUUACAAUAGACAAGGAUAUCAGAGGCAUCAAAGGCGAGAUAGAGAUGGCCUCCACCAUCCCAAUUACCAGAACUACAGGCAACCUGAUGACUUCCCAGAUCUACACAAUCAACCAGAUGGAGGACCAGGGGAGAGCGGCAGGACCAGAGUGGUUUAUAACACCUCUCGCAGUGGGGGACGUUGUGACCACCACAGGUCACGAAAGCACCGCAGAUCACAGCAAGAAAAUACAGAGCAGAAGCAUUCAGGUUCAGAUACAGACUCCAAAGGAAAACCAACAACUCAGAAAAUAAACUAUCCAUCUGUUGAAGUAGCCAAGCUAAGAAGAUUAGAAAUGACAUAUGCAGAAGUUCUCAAGAAUUCUAUGAAUAGGUCUUUCUACAACAGAAGGUAUUAAGACAACUCCUUUUGACAAGUUUAAAUAUUUUCAGUCAUUAUCAUUUAAAAAGUUUACUUUAAUGGGAUUUUUUUUUUGGGGGGGGGUUAUUCAAAGCAGAAAUUUCAAAUGAUAAAUAACAUAACAAGGAGAUUUAUAAGAAUUUGUCAUGUACAUAAUAAGCCAUGUAUAUACAGAUACAAGUCACUGCAUUUUUGGCAUGUAUUUAUUUUCUGCCUUUAGUGUGCCAAGUAGGAUUUAGUUGAUGCUUUUAGUUCCUGUAUUGACUUGCACUUUAGUUGAUGUCUGGACUAAAGCAGGACAAUAAUAAUAUGUUUUUUUUCAGAAAAGGCUUCUCAGCUGUCACAUUGCUUCUAUGUAUAUACAAUUCAUUUAUUCUCUCUCUUAACACUCACGGAAAAGAAAGUCCAUUCCAUGAGUGAAAGCAUUGUUUUGCUUGCUUGAGCAUACCUUGUCAUCUUAUCCUUUCUUAUGUAAACAGGUGCCAACAGUGACUUGAUAGACCUCCACAGGACAAGGGUAGUGUGCCCUAGUCUGUGAAAGCGUACACUUGUGACCCUUGUGUUUAUUGUACAGGCAGAUCUUGGAGUCAGGAUGGGGAAAUGAGGCACUAGUUUGUCAGUUCAGCUUAUGUAUAUGUUAUGUGCCCAGAGUUUUUUUGUCACUCUCUUGCCUAUCCAGUUAUAAUUUUCUAAGUACAAUAACCAGGUUUUUUGUAGUGACCAGCACCUGCUAACAGGUUGUAAGCAAAGGGUAGUAAUGAAAUUGUGAUAUUUUUUUUGUAUCUGCAGUUUGUUGCUCUAAUCAGGUGUUUAUGUGUAUGACUCAGUAUUUUGUGAUAAAAUUCUUGUUUAGUCAUGCACAUUGUUUUUUCACUUAAAACCAGUGUAUUAUUUUCUUUUACAGAGAAACUAGUUGCAUUUUGUGUGCCAAAGAACAGGCAGGUUUUCUGAUAACUAUUCUCAGGCUCUGAUUUCAUAGUAAUUCUUAAUUGAAUAAAAAUUAUUCUAGGAUUAAUAAAAGCAAAUAAACACAGAAAGUUAUGUACAAUAAUACUUUCAAACUGUCCAGUUUUUCAAUCUAGUCUGGUCAACCUACAUAUCUACAGUAUUGUUUAGAAUUUAUUAUAUAGCAACUGCUAGCAAGUCUGUGUGUUAUAUCAUGGUAAUGUUUUCACUGACAAGAAGUGCAAUAUUAUUUUAAUAUGGUAACAUUUCAAGGAGACAACUAUGAACUCAAGUAUGGUUUGAUUUGCUGCUUAACAUUUUGUAAAAUGCAGUAUUUACCUGCCAAAAUUGCAUAGUAAAGGACAGCUUGGAUUAAAAAAAAAAAAUCCAUUGACAGUUAACAAAAUAUUGAACAUAAUAAGGAUAGUUUCUGCUCCCAGUUCAUAAUUGUUAUAUGAUCUCAGUAAAUUUGUGAAUAUUCCAGAGAUUGGCUGGUAGUUUUCAGCAUUUGUUUGCAUUGCAAUCUAUUCUCAAAGUCAAGAUUCUUCAGAAGAUUGAAAUCUACCUAAACAAAACUACAUGUGGCCAAAAAAAAAAAUAAUAUAACCAAAUGUUGUCUUUUUUUUAUAAUAAAGUUCAAUUUUACAGAUGCUGAAACAAACAAAAAAAAAAAAAAAGAUUGAGGAACAGUUAAUUUCUCUGUCAGUAUGGCUGUAUAGGUAAGCUGAGCUGAGGUUCCAUGCAAAUAGUAAACCUGCAGUGCAUUUAUCUUUCCACUGUAGUCAUGCAUUAGCUUGCCAUUCAUUACAGAUGCAGGUUGCUUAUACAUACUGUUAACCUGAGUGAAGGGAAAUAUAUGUAUAUGAUAGA